CAAAUUUUAAAAAUAAUUAUCUGUUUGUUUGUGCAAAAUUGUUAUUUUAUUUAUCAAAAAUGAAAGAGAAUCAAAACCAAUAUCAAAACUAUAUUUUUUAAAAUGUUCAAUCUUGAGAUAUAAAAAGAAAUAAAUAGAUAAAUAGCCUCCCACGAGUCCCACGGAUGUGACAGCUGAUAGGUUGACGCGUACGUACAGCUCGGGAGCUUAACGCCCCAAGUAGCUCCGGGCGUCACACUCCCAUACUGGAAAGCGGCUCAGGUAAAUUAGUGACAACAGUGACAGCUUACCUCGCCCUCACUGCAUCGCCGUAUUUUUAUGAACGCGCUCCAGCAGAAUGUCCCUAACCUAACAAACAAAUCUUUUGUUUGGUUUUAGGUUUGUUUUGUUACUUGAUUUUCUUGCUAGUUCUGUUUCUGUUACUUAUUUUCCUUCUAGUUCUGUUACGUUACGUUACAUGAAAUUGAUAGUUAUAUUUCUCAUCAUGCACUAGUGUUUGUUCUAUGCUAUCUAUUGAAUAUGUGAACAUUAUGGAAAACUUUCUGUGAAAAAGCUAAAAACAUGGCGAAACGUAAGCUAUUUUCAAUUUGCGAAAAAGAAAAUAACACCAAUACAGGACGAGUUAUAUGGAAUUUAUCUACUGAAGAAUCUAGUGUGGAUACAAGUAGCAGUGAAUAUUUGCACGAAAAGGGCACACAGUUAUCUCCGAGUCUAUCGCCAAUCAUUUUUGUCAGAACAAAAAAACAUUCAUGUUAUAAUUCAACAGAUGAUAUAGUUGAUUAUGGCUUUGAAUCGCCACUUAUAAAGAUAAGAUCCAUCGACUUAUGUAGUAUUUCACCUGAGUUAACUCAACAAAUUGUUUUACCUGGCCAAAGAACACCAGAAAAAUCUGAUUCACCUCCAAAUCUUCCGAUUUCACCUAUCAUUCAAAGAGGUAAUUUUAGACUGAAGAAAAAAAGAAGAACAAGACCUGAAUUAGAAGAAUUAUCACCAGAAUUAUUUGUUAAACGGCCAGGAUUUGUAGAAAAUGAUUCUGUAAGCACUCAUCAAGUGUCAGUUAUUGAAUCUGUUGAAGGAACAUUUGAAUCUCCCAUUGAAAAAGACAAAAAUUUUCAAGAAAGCAGUGGUCAAUAUUCAUUCAUCAAUUCGUAUCAUCAACCUCCAAAGAGGAAGAAAACAUACAAAAAAGGAGGACUCGCGGACCGAUUACAAAAAAUUAUAAAAUUUAAAAAAUCAAGAGUGAAAAUAUGGCAUCACGAAAAAUAUAAAGACAUAGAUAGUCCUUUGGAUAAUGCUGAGGAGAUUGUGCAGUUCAAAUAUAGAAAAACUUGGACUGAAUAUGGAGUUGUGCUUAUGGAAUGUGAUGUAUGUAAAGUAGGAAAUAAUGAAGAAGAUGAGCCUUGUAUAUUGAAUUUAGGAGUCAAUCAAAUACUCAAUUUGAAAUUUAAUGAUGUGGAUAUUUAUGAGCUGUAUCCUCCAUAUAGGAAAGAUAUUAUAAGUCAUAAGGGUAUACAACCAUUGUAUUUGGAAAACGUAUUAUGUAGUAUUAUGGAAUGUUUUGUUUGGUUAAGGAAAUUACUGAAAAAUAUUUGGAUAUCAAUAUGUUACUGAACUUGUGUAUACCCACAACUUGCUGUAGCCAAUAUUUGUGUUCUUUGCAAUGAAGUAGUAAGAAGGUUGGAAUAGCCCUUUGCCUAUCUACUCAAUACCUAUAUUUACGGCCAACAUUAAAGUGAGAGAUCAGUGAGAUUUUCCUGCCCUUACUAGCGCUAUCUCACUCAGGGUUAGAGUGGGAAAUCCAAUAGAUUUUUUGCCCUUACUAGCUCUAUUUUAUUUUGGAAUCAAUUGAAUGACGCAAAGCCCAUUCCAAACCUUCUUUCAACUUCAUUGGUUCUUUGUGAUAUUUGAAUUAAAUUAAGUAAAUAAUUCUAAAAACAC